GCCGUCCUCACAAAGAAGGAGCAACAUGCUCAUAAAAUAGGUUGUGAAAGUUUCCUUCUCCAGCGAAUGCCGGGAUCUGGUCGGGUGUCUGUAGUAUCUCCCUCCCCUCCGACUCAUUGAAGGAAAAACUCUUUGUCUAAUCUGAGGUUCAGCGCGGUCAGCACGAUGACUGAUGGGGACUAUGAUUACCUGAUCAAGCUCCUGGCUCUGGGGGACUCUGGAGUAGGGAAGACAACUUUUCUAUACAGGUACACAGACAACAAGUUCAACCCCAAGUUCAUCACCACGGUCGGAAUAGACUUCAGGGAAAAGAGAGUGGUGUACACAGCGUCGGGCCCCAAUGGAACCACAGGGAAGACUUUUAAAGUUCACCUCCAGCUCUGGGAUACGGCUGGACAGGAGAGGUUCCGGAGUCUAACCACAGCCUUCUUCAGAGAUGCCAUGGGCUUCCUGCUCAUGUUUGACCUCACCAGCCAACAGAGCUUUCUCAACGUCCGCAACUGGAUGAGCCAGCUGCAGGCCAAUGCUUACUGUGAGAACCCAGACAUUGUGUUGGUGGGCAACAAGGCAGACCUGGCGGACCAGAGAGAGGUGCAGGAGAAGCACGCUAAGGAACUAGCCGACAAGUAUGGGUGAGUAUACGCGCACAGA